UCCGGAACGUUCGUCAUUCGCCAUUUUCUCGUCGUCGUUUGUGGGUGAACGUGCGUUUGGACUCGGGCAGCCGGCUAUCGGCUCUUUGAUUCUAGGUGAAUUUGCGCGAACCGGUGCAAAAAUUUGACUGAUUUGUGACAUUAAUAACUCAAGAUGAGUUACGGUAGACCGCCGCCCCGUAUUGAUGGGAUGGUCUCUCUGAAAGUCGACAAUCUCACGUACAGGACAACGCCAGAAGAUCUGAGGCGCGUGUUUGAGAGGUGCGGCGAGGUCGGCGACAUUUACAUUCCUCGUGACCGCUUCACGCGCGAGAGCCGCGGCUUCGCGUUCGUCAGAUUUUAUGAUAAGCGCGAUGCUGAAGAUGCAUUGGACGCCAUGGACGGAAGACUGUUAGAUGGAAGGGAGCUCAGAGUUCAAAUGGCUCGAUAUGGACGUCCGACUUCUCCUCAUCGUAGUCGCGGAAGUCGUCGUCGAAGAUCACGAAGUAGAAGUAGGGAUCGCCGGCGUUCUCGAUCUCGCUCACGCAGUAGAUCUCGUAGUCGUGACAGAGAUCGAAGACGUUCGUACAGUCGAAGUCGCAGUCGCUCCCGUUCGGAUAGCAAAAGUUCCCGUGGCAAGUCACGCUCACGCAGCAAGUCUCAAGAUAGGCAAAAAGACAGUCGUUCUAAAUCCAGGGACUGAGGUGAUGGAGAAGAAAGAAAAUUGAAGAUCAAGAAUGAAUACGCGUGCGUCAAUCGAGAGGCGAAUAAUCUGUGUUGAGAUCGAAAAUAAAAGGUAUUUCAUCACCUUCUAUAGCAACACUGUCGCACGCUUCUUCACGUUCUUCUAUCAUUUAAAUACCAUUACAUAUAUACAAAUAUUAUAUGCAUACGUAUAUUUGAAUUAUUAUUAUAUAUAUACAUAUAUGUAUCUCUCUUCGACUCCGAGUUGCGAUUCGUUUCUCUAACACUUUUUUCCUACGUGCUUCUUCAUUCGUGCUAUAAUUAUUUUUGUUGUACAACAGUUCAUCAUUACUCUUGUUUUACAAUGAUUUAUUAGAAUUCUAUUCGCGUCAUCUAAUUGUAGAUCAUACUUUGAAUAAUUUAUCAAGGAAUUAAGUCAAACAAUGAAAUUUAUGACAUAAGAUUUGUGUAUUGUGUUUUACAAGAGACCAUACAACAUGUAAUGUUUAUUGUUUUUCAUGAGUAAAGAUUGAUGUAAAAUAUACGUGAAGAACAACUCUUUUGAUAUUUGUGGAAAGAUUAAUUUUUAUUUCACAACAGUCGGUAAACUGUUCCAAAUUGUUUAGCGCGGAAGAUUAUACUAUCUUUUGUCAAAACAAAGUUUAUACAAAACCACGGCUUUCUCUUGCAUGAGAAGGAAAGCAUUACCGUCGGUUUUCAAACUUAUUUCUUAUUUUGUACACGUGUAUACACAGUUUGAAACUUGAUUAAUUGGGCAAUCAUUUUCGAACAAGUUAAAAGAUUGUAAAUAUUUCCAACUGUUUGGAAAGGUAUUCUCAAAGAUUAUUCCAACACAUCUCUAAGAUACUUCGAAACAUACGACUUCAUGUUUGUUCUUGAGAUCGAAGUAUUUUAUCUUAAAGUCAAUUGUUCGAUUGCUUGUGUUCAAAACUUUAAAAACUAUUUCAAAAACAAUAAAGAACUGCACUCUCGUUAGAAAACAAACGAACUCGUGGAAGACACUAGUAUGUAUAUUAAUUUACUUCUUUGAUAGAUCAAGAAAUUUUGUCACAUUUGAUUUUGACAGAAGUUCGCUAGCUUUGUUAGGCUUUAAUUUGGUAUUUUUUUUGCUGUUUGCUGGCUCAGCAAAUAGAGUCUAAAAAAAAAAAAAGAGAGAGAAAAAAUGAAUCGAAGUUACUUCACACACAUGAAAAUAUAUUUCUAGAAAUAAGGUUUGCGUUUCUUGAUAGGUAAUAGCUCAUGUAAAUCCGCACAUGAUAGACUCAUUUGUAAUAAAGCGCAGUGAACUGCUAACGAACGGAACCAUCUUAUAUAUCCCUUGUUUUUCCUUCGUGGAGUUUUAUACAUGUAACGUUUGUAUCUAAGUUUUUCAUGGCAGUAUAACUUUUUUAUGAUCGAAGCUAUUAUUUUUAGGAAAUAAUAAAGCGCAAAUAAUAUUAUCGCACAAGAGAGAUAGAAUUUAUUAGAAUAUAAAGUCUUCUUAGACAAUUAAUGAAAUAGCUGUUACUGCUUUAUUCAGCUUUUUUAGCCUGAAGAAUAACUUCUUAUUGAUUUUGCACAGCGGUAUUAAGUUAAUAAAAGAAAAACAUUUAAACAAUGAUGAGAGGUAAGGGAGGUUGUUCUCGAGUUCGUUGUGGUGAAUCUAAAAAUUCAAAUAUAUGUCAGGCAAAUACGAACUAAUUGCCGGAUGCAAUAAGUUACUAAAAUCUCAAUGACUCUUUAAAACAACGUCAAAAUAUGUUACCAAUAAAUUACAAAAUUAUGAACAUCAGAGUUAACAAAAAAAAAAAAAAAAAACGACAAAAACGUAAAUAUGUA